AUGCACUCCAGCUUCUUUUUCACAUUUUCAGCAUUAAUUGCUUCGGUGGCGACUACCGCCGUUAUAAACCUUACAGACGAAAGUCCUUUCACAACGGUUCAGGACAAUCGCCUCAUAUAUCAGUUCGCCAAUGGAACAACGAUCGAAAACAUUGCCGUCCGCUCCAAUGGAAGUCUCCUCGUCACCUUAAGUAGCACUCCUGAGCUAUAUCAAGUCGAUCCAUUCAACCCAGAGAAUCCAAAGCUGGUCCAUCACUUCUCUGGGUACCUAGCUCUUGUAGGCAUAACAGAAGUGUCUCCAGAUGUUUUCACACUCAUCGCAAGCAACUUCUCCGCUGCAACUGGUGAAUCUCCAAGUUCGUGGGCGGUCUGGCAGGUGGCUUUUCAAGAAGAGCAGACCGAAAUCUCAAAGGUUACCGACCUUCCUGGAGCUGAGUUUCCGAACGGCAUGACUACCCUGGAAACCACCCCCAAUACUGUCCUUAUUGCCGAUUCAGCUGCGGGUGUCGUCUACCGUGUAAACACGCAAACUGGAGAAUUCCAGGUGGUGCUUGAGGACGAAACAUUCAAGGCCGCGCCGGGAUCUCCGCAACCUAUCGGCGUCAACGGAAUCCGAUAUCUCGACAAUUACGUCUAUUACACAAACUCCUUUGGUCCUCUCUUCGGACGCGUGCCCGUCAACGCAUCUGGAUCCGCCGUCGGAGACUUCGAGGUGAUUCUUGCAGGAAUCAUCGGUGACGACUUUACAAUUACGCCCCAAGCAGCAUAUAUCGCUGGCAACCCAACCAACGUGGUCACCGAGGUGAUGCUAGACGGCGAAAGCAAAGUUAUUGCUGGAAACAUCAACUCAAGCCUCGUUGCGGGAGCUACUUCGGUCCAGUUUGGCAGGACGGCUCGAGAUAGUAAUGUACUUUACGUUACCACCACCGGCACCGUCAAUGCAACGUUCACUGAAGGUGGAAAGAUUGUGGCUUUGGAUAUUGAAUGA